UAAACAUAUUUAAUUACUACCACUCGGACAGUGUCAAAUAAAACUACGCGUUUCUUGGGUAAUAAUAAUGUAUUCGACUUUCCCAUCAGCUGUGAGACCAGUAAACACAACACAAUUAUAAACAUCAUAAGUGUUGCAGGCAAAGUCUCGCGAUGAACUGCGAGACUUGAAACGCCCAAUUUUGGCCGGGCCAAAGAGCGACAUCCGAUGGCGGUGACCGACACAGUCCGGAGAUGCUAAGAAGAGCGAGGUAAACCCGAUUAAACAAAGCAGGAAGCUGACUAUAAAGAUGUAGAAAACGACGACGGAGCAGCUUUGUGAAGAGGCUGACAUUGCGGACUCUCACAAGCGGGGUGGAAGAACGUCUCCGCGAGCUUCACGUCGCCUGACGUACACCUGAGCCUGACCUGGUUUUGAUGAGCCGCACUAGCUCCUCUGGGCCCUGUCCUCUGCUCAUGCUGACAAAGGGAUGUGAAAGAAGGCCACUGCCACCUCAGUCUCGUCACAAACAUCUUUCCCUACUGGAAAACAAAUGUUCCUUCUUUGAGGGUGUCCUCGACAUCGGAUGAAGUGGCGAGGGAGAACACGCCGUGAGGCUGUCAUGUAAGGCGUCUCCUCUGGGGCCAUCUCUCUGCGUGCACCGCUUCCUGCUGCAGGUAAAAGUGUUCAGUGUUCCUGCUGCCGGGGCGCCAGGCAGCACACGCUCAUCUACAAGAAGGCGACAUAAGCUCUGUGACGGCACAAAAAUGGAGAAGGCGAUACAGCGCAUUUCCACAAGGAUUGACAAUGAUAAUAGUUGCGCCGAGUGCUCAGAGACCACGCUAGCACAGAGCUUGUGCACACAGUGCAACAAGUGGCUGUGUUACCAGUGCACAGAUGUGCACCAGCAUCCAAGAGCCCCAGUGGUGUCCCAGUACACAGAGCUGCAUGACCAGCAGAGGCUGCACCAGAAAGGCUCAGGCUCCGUUCCUACGACUGCACCAGGUGCAGGAACAUAUCCUUGUUCCCUCAUGUGCCACUCUCAUAGACAGCAGCCCCUGGAGCUGUUUUGUGAGUCAUGUGACCUCCUGUGCUGCAGCAGCUGUCACGUGUCCUCCCACAAAACCCACAGGGUGGUGCAGAUUGGGAAGGCUCUCCAGGAUCAGCGGUGGCUGUUUGAAAGCCUGAUGGUGCAGGUGGAAGAAAGAAGGUCUGCUGUGGAGAACAGCGCAAAGCAGAUAGAAAACAGGGUUCAUGGAGUCAAGAUUGCACACAGGAAAGCUGAAAACCAGAUUAAAAUGGCAAAGAUGAUUAUGAUGAAUGAGCUUAACAAACGAGCUAACCUAUUAAUAGAGCAACUGGAGAAAAUCUCUGAGGACUUUCAGCAGUGUCUGGAGGACCAGCUGCAGGGGGCGAUAGAGACGUGUGGCCAGCUGGACCAUGUGCAGAAGUUCAUAAAUUGGGCUACAACUCACCAUUGUCAGGGCCCUGUGCUCUUCAGCAGUAGAAUGAUUUCUAUGCAAAUCCAACAGUUGCUUGACUCGUCACUGCAGUCUGACACUUGGAGUCCGGUCAAAAUCAAGUUCAACUGGGAUGCAAGCUACUGGACGAAGCAGAUGUCUUCAUUAGGCCAGCUGACUGUAGAGGGUGGAAGCUGUCCCUACCCUCAGGGCUUGAGUUGUGCCACCGUUCUCAGGCCCCAGCCUAUCACCUGCUUGGCUCUGCCGCCCGUGUGCCAUAGAGGAAGAGAGUCCGCCUGCGGGUACCAGUUGUGCUGCGAGCCCCAGGUGUGUUGCCUGCAUGGCAUCACUUCUCAGUUAGAUCUGGACAAGAGCCAGCUGGGGGAUUCACUCUACAACUCAAGCUAUGUUCCACCUGCCAUUGUACCUGCCUCUCGGGUACAGAGUCAGCAGUUGCAGAGUUUGUGGGACCCAAACAACUCCUCUGCCUUGCAAACAUCUUCACAAUGCCCUUCACCCGCCCCUGUCAUGGGACCCAUCCAGAUUAAUUGUGGUCGUUCACCACAAGCAAGUGCAUCCCAGUCCGAGUCUCUGCCUGAAUCUCAUGUCUAUCACCAUCACCACAGAGGAACUGUUCCAGUCGGCCAUGGUCAUCUCAGUGCAGACCACCAGAGGCCACGCCAGAGCCAGAUGCACGACACUUGUCCACGCAAAUUGUCAAGCAGUGCAACUCUGCAGGAGGUUCUGGACGAUACAGCCGUUGAUCAAGACGCCACAGCUGAGGAGAGCUGGAAGGAGCAAUGCAGAGUGGACGAGAGUCGUGGACAAGUAGCUGAACAUGAGGAGUCGCAGUCCGACAGAAGCCUGCCGAGUCCUGUCCAACAACAACAGAACUUUCAGGAUGGUCCAGAAGCAGAACAGAGGAAAGAGCAGAAGAGGACCAGCCCUGCACUACGUGGUCAAACAAGCCAGAGAUCCACAUCCCUGGAGGUGUCUGCGACAGCCAACAAGUGUAGCUCUGAAGUACAGCGGUGCAGGCUCAGCCCGAGUUCAGUGUGUGCUGGUGGGAAACAACGUUCCCAGAGCAUCCCUGCAGAGCUAGCAGCCUCACCCGGUGGCUCUUAUUGUGAAAGGCCAACAGUAUCUGAAGCUGCAAAUAUGCUAACAAGGAAGUAUCCCAGUGCAGACCCCAAGCAGAGAAGAGCUUCAGAUGGUGUGCUUUGCAUAGUCAAGGAAAACUCAGCUGACAUCGUCGUCACCAGAAGCCGCCGGUUUCCAUUACUGUCCUAUAAAACUGAGCCAGAGCCUUCUUACGUAAAUGCUGAGGCUUGUUAUGAUGCCAAGGAAAAAUGCAGCGUUUCAAGAAAUGGUCACAACAGCUGCAAAGAUGCUGAACAAGACUUUGGAAGAUCCAGAGUUCCAGUAGUGUGCCUUGAGCGCCUGAAAGUUCUUAUCUCUCAACUUCCUCCACAUGGACGACGGCAGAGCGACCCUUUGCCUGCAAGCACGACGGAGAAGAAUGAAACUUUGUUGCAUGUAACACAGAAGGGGAUGUCUAGAGGCCCUGAGCCCACUAAGACCCACUCAGUUGCAUCAUCACUGCAUGGAAACAAACACCAGUUGCUCACAGCUGACAGUGAGUGGGAUCAUUGCGCAAGAGCCAGCUCUCCUAAAGCAUCCAUGCUGACACCUGCUGACCCUCAGCACAGUCACUCUCCACUUGAUCAUGACUCGGACUCCGAUCCCAGGUCAGUCUCAGAAGAAGUCUUUCAAGCCGACUCGCAACUCGACUCGGACACGUCACCCGAGUUUUCAUUUGAGGCUGAAUUGGAUGGUGCAGAGAAGGAGAAUCCAGUUCUGAAACGUGCCGAAGGAACUGGUGUUAUGGGGGAUUCUGAGUCAAGCCUCGAAUGUGGUGUAGACCCAGAAACAGCUUUGGGAGCUGGAUUAGACGAUGAACAAGAAGGACAGGAUGUUGAUGCAGAGUCAGGUGCCGCAGAUACAGAGUCAGAUGCCCAACCAGAAUUUGACCCCAUGUUCCCGGCAGAAACAGAUUCAGACAUUGUGUCCGAUCAGAUUCUGGACUCUCAGGACUCCGUGGAGUCUGAGAUUGACAUAGAUUCAGAGCAUGAACAGACAACUGAUGAUCCACAACCUCUACGCUCUGAUUUAGAGGAGUCCCCCAUUGGACCUGGUCAGAGGCCACUUCUGAUUGCGAACCCCGUUUUGCCGAGGCGGGCAGAAGAAAUCGAAGAGGAAAACACAGAAAAUGAGAGCGAGGACUUCUGUGCGGUGUGUCUGAUUGGCGGGGAGCUUCUCUGCUGCGAUCGUUGUCCAAAAGUUUAUCAUCUGUCAUGUCACAUCCCACCUCUGAUUCGGUUCCCUACAGGUGACUGGCUGUGCAGCCUUUGCAGAGACGUUGUGCAGGCAGAGUGUGAAUAUGACUGUGAGACCAGAAGAACAUCUGGGGAGCACACACCAGUUCCUUGCUUGUCUCUGUGUGAUCAGAGAAAAUGUGAGCGGCUAACCCUCCUGAUCCUCAGUAACCAGCUGAGCGUGCCCUUUCAUGAGCCUGUCAGUCCACUUGCUCGUCAUUAUUAUCAGAUCAUCAAGAGACCCAUUGACCUGACUGUGAUCCGAGCCAAACUCAGCAAGAGGAGCAUGCAACACUACAAGUCACCCGACCAGUUUGUGGCUGAUGUCUAUCUCAUGUUCCACAACUGUGCAAAGUUCAACUAUCCUGAUUCAGAGGUGGCGCAGGCAGGCCGCAGCCUGGAGGCCUUUUUUGCCACCAAGCUGGAGGAAGUUUUCCCAGGCCAAGUUUUCCCAGCGCUUGAGCCAGACAGUGAUAGCGAUGAGUAUGACGAGGCAUACCGAGCAGCUGACGCUGGCUUCCCCUGGCCGGAGAGGAGGGAGCAGUGCCACAGGAAGAGAAAGAGAAGACAGCCGCUUAAGUCCAGAAGGCAUCACUUCUAACUUCUUUUUUUGAAGUUUGGUAUUUUUGUCGAGGAAUGUUUGUGUUUUUAUUCUAUAUUUCUAAGAAAGAAUAAGGCUGUGCAUCGCUUAGCUCUGCUGCCUCAUGCCCAAAAUCUGGGUUUGCAUGUUCUACCUGUGCUUGCAUGGGUUCUCUCCGGGUACCCCGGUUUUCUUCCACAGUCCAAAAACAUUUGCUAUGUUAACUACAAGCUAAAGGUGUGAAAAUUGUCUGCCUCUGUGUGUCACCCUAAAGCCCCUUUUCCACUGCAUGGUACCCACUCUGACUUACUGUACUACCAAGGACUAGUAAGUACUGUUGUGGAUGUUAUGUAGAGUAGAUGUUCCAAGCAUGCAAGCCCUACAUUAUGAGUGAAGUAAAUGACUGCUGAUCACUUGCUGGUCGAACAAACUUAUUGACAUCAGCAUUAAAUGACAAAUGCACUUGGAAUUAGCUCACUCUGUUGUUGUGCCUUCAUUUUGGAUGCUGCAAUGUUAGACUCCACAGUCUCCAUUCUGUUGCAUAGGUCCAUUUUCUUGCUGCCCUCAAUCUUCUCUUUAAUAAAAUAUCUGUAUUUAUCAUGGCCAACUGUCACAUUCUCCCCCAUUCUUGUUUUAGUCUCUUGUCUUGAUGUGAUUUAAUGCCUUCUGGUUGUUGCAGUUUCGCACCAUGACUCAGACGGUACUAUUUGGAAAUGGUAAACCAACCUUCUGUAUAUAAAACAAGAUGUGAGCCAGUACUGUGCUGUGGAGAAGGGGCAUGUGUGAGCUGGGAUAGGCUCAAGCAGUAUAUCAUGCAUGGAAGUAGCAAGACCACACAGAGACCACAGAUUUGCACCCUUUUUGAAAUAUUUGUCACAUGCAAAAUAAGAGGCUUUAAAAAGAUGAGAUUUUUUAAUGUAUAUAUCGUGACAUUGUUAUGAUCUGGAAUAAAGUAGGCCUACUGCCAUCUGAUGGCAGGCAAUAUAACAUCUAAACUGACAUGUUGGACCCAAGCAACACAUUUUUUUGCAUUGAGUUUUACAGCAUAAAGUUGAAAUAAAUAGCCCAAUCGUGGCUGCUACAUAUCACAUUUUACUCAUAAUUUCCCCUUGACACAGUAAACAUCACUUGCCUGUACUAUUUCUACCUGGUAUGAUGUACCGUGAUGUUUGCUUAUGUACAAAAAUGUGUCUUUAGUGUGUUAUUAAGAUUACAGCACUUUGAUAUAUUGUAUUUACUGCCUAAACAAAUGCCCAUUAUUAUGUAAGGGUACUUACUGAAUGUGCAAAUGUGUCUUGUUCUGAUUGUCAGGUACUUUUCGUUCAUAGUUAACUUUUUUGUGUUUGUUGUUUUGUACACAGUCUUCUGUUGACCAGAACACACACACACACACGCACGCACACAUACCGGUAUAUGCACACACACUGGUUAUAGUGUUGUAUAUGUAUACACAUAUAUACAUACUGUAUGUAUAUAUAUAUAUAUAUAUAUGGAUAUAUAUAUGACAGUGUAAUCAUAUAUGUCACUGUUGGUUUUACACAAGUUGUAGGCUGUAAUGACAGUAUUGCAAAUGUACUUUUAAUACAAGCUUGCUUCCUUUGGCAAAUCAUUUGGGGAGUUUAAGUUUUAUUUAUAUCUUCUUUUUUUUUUAAAGUGAGCCGUAAACUUACAUAAUAAAAAGAGAACAUUCAUGUCA